GGUUAGGUUGAUACCCUACGCCUGUGCGCCAUCGGGCUCCUCCCCUGUUCUGUUGGACGCCCGGCGCCGUGGUGUUGGUUAGACGUCGCCCGUUUCCUUCAGGGGCGUUAAGGACAAACUUGUAGGACGAGUCUUGCGGGAUUUUGAGACAUUGAAUGCCGUAAUCCUCGUCGUUUUAUAUUAUUUCGACCAGAUAUUUAUUGAUCAUUAGCUGCAACAAACGCGUGGAAGAUGUCAGUGGCCGGUCUGAGAGCCAGUUAUCACCGAGUGUUGGACAAGAUUGGAUUAAUGCUCCCUGCCAAGAUGAGGCCAUUUUAUGAGCAUCCCGCAGGUCCUCGUACUGUUUUUUUCUGGGCACCAAUUAUGAAGUGGAGUUUAGUCAUUGCAGGAUUAGCUGAUCUGGCCAGGCCUGCAGACAAACUCAGUCCAGCUCAAUCAGGAGUGCUCUGUGCCACAGGCUUGAUUUGGUCGAGAUACUCUCUUGUGAUUAUUCCCAAGACCUGGAGUUUGUUUGCUGUAAACUUUUUUUUGGGCUGUGCUGGUGGUAUACAGCUGAUCCGUAUCGCAAAGUACAAUUAUGAUUUAAGACACAAGGUGUAAUAGCUGGAAUGAAAACCGAUGGCACUCCACAAGACUUUAAGAUAUUUUUAAAUGUGCCUUGUAAAUGAGUCAAUACUGUAAUAACUUGCCUCAUGGUUUUGUAGUGGAGAUUGUUACAUAUAAUAUUUGUAAAUAUGUUCUUCAUCUCCCAAUAAAUUCUGAUAUUACUUGCAA